AUGAAGUUCGGAAAGAAGAUCAGGACGGAGCUGUCGCCGGACCAGCUGAGAGGUAGCGUCAACUACAAGGCCCUUAAGCAGAUCGCCAAGAAGCUUAGGAGGAGCCUAGUCGCGGGCGGCGGCGGGGGUCAGGGACUGACCCACCAGCAGCACCAGCAGGAGCAGGAGCGAGGCAGAGAGGAGUUCUUAACAAGGCUCGAGAUCGAGAAGGAAAAGGUCGCCGAGUUUUACCGCUCUCGAGAGGCAUGGUGCUUCCUAGCUCUCGAGUCGACCAGAGGCGCCUUGUUCGGCCUCACGAGACGAGCGAGCAAGGACCGGCUCUGCCUGGCGACGCAGGGGCCUGCGGCCGCGGCUUCGCCGGCUGUCGGCGCCGGCGAUAGCGGCACCGGCAACGGGCAGAGUUCUGGUUCGCUGGAACAGGAUACCGCUGGCGAGCUGGAGGGGAAGUUUCUAGAAGCCAAGGCCGGGGCCACGGUCCUCCUGUCGGAGUCUCGGGACCUGGUGCAGUUCGUGGACAUGAACAUGCACGCCUUCCGAAAGCUCCUGAAAAAGCUUGACAAGUGGACCGGCGGCGUAAGCGGGAGAGAGUACUUCACCUCCCUCAUUCAGACCCACUCUUGGAUUAACGGCGAUCGAGCGCACGGGGUGCUGCGCAUGGCCUCGGCCAUGUCGGACCACCUGCGGAGCCUGCGCCCGGCGCUGGCUCUUGGCCCCGCGGCGGGGGGACCCUGCUGGGCGGACCGCACCGUGUACAGCGUGGGUACGUUCGAUCGCCCGCGCCUGCCUCCCGCGGAGCCCUCUGCUCUUCCCAACACUACCCCUCCCGGGAGUUCCUCCACGAGUCCCACCGCCGCGGGGGGCGGGGCAGGAGCAGCAGGAGGAGAAAGCCUCGCUUUCGGGUACUUCGGCAGCGGCAGGCCGCCGUCGCCUCCGCCGACGUCAGCGGUGACGUCGGCCACGAAGGAGGCGGUAGAGGGCCCGUCCCCGCUCCGCUUCCUGCGGGAGUUCGGGGCUGUGGUCGUCGUGGGGGUCUACACCGACGCCGCGCACGCGGCCUCCCACGGCGGCAAGGGUAAGGGCAGGGACAGCGGCGGCUACGGCGGGCAAGCAGGGACAGGGGCAGGUGCAGGAGCGAGAGCAGGAGGACGGCCGUUCGAGAGCCUGGAGGCCCGCGUCGCCCGAGUGCGCCCGCACGCGGACCGAGUCGUUGUGGUGGACUCGGCGGACCCGGCCAGGGUGAGAGAGAUCUUGUUCGGCGCGGCGGCGGGAGCGGUGGGGGACACCCGGGGCGGCGGCGCGCCCACCAACAACUGCUGCUUCGUGGUUUCGGACUGGGGGGCGCGGGGCCCCGGGGGUACGGGGGCCGGCAGACGGGCGCGACGAGACGUGCGGGCCCUGAUGGAGGCCAGCAUGCCCGUCUUCCGGCUACCGAGCCCCACCUGGGAGUGUGCGGUGACCGAUAGCGACGGGGAGGAAGAGGUGGCGGAGAACGGGGGCGGCAGCGGCGGCAGGGGGACAAGAAUGGCGGCGUAA